AUGGAGCGGCCAUGGAGCGGCCAUGGAGCGUUUGUUGAGCAUUUAUGGGUCACGACUGCUUGUCUCUUGCAGAAAGUGCCACUCGUUCUCCUGUGUAGCCCUGCACCGCCCUGCGUUAACGUCUGGCUCCGUAUCUGCACUGUGUCCGAAGAGGACCCCAUUAAAGGAAUCUCUGUUGAGAGUCGGUACCGGGCACAGUGUACAACAUACUCCCGAAGAGAAGCUGAUGAUACACAGUGCCUUGCCGCCGCCCGUGUCCAGUCCCCUCAUCACAGUUGUAUCCCUAGCAAUGUCAGCGGUCGCGUCAGUGCUACCUCCUCUGCCGCGAACAUUUUUACGACGGUAUCUUCUAGCACUGCGCGAGUGUCUGGGUACAACAAUAACAAGGCAAGGGCAAGGGCAAGCAGUGCCAUGGAGACACGCAACAUGGAUGUUGAAGAGGCUGGUCUCACAGGGGAGAAAUCCCUUUCAGUUGCAACUACAGGCCCCAGGCGUUGA